GUAGAGCUGAUCUUAAACAUCAUUUUAUACCUCCAAGAACCAAUUACUUAAUGUCUCUUCCGUCUUUUCCUUCCCCGACCCCCUCCCAGACUCCUUCAUUCCGGUACUGCGUGGACGGAAAGCCCCGGGUAGCCGCCACCACGUCCCCGGCUAGCGAGAGGGAGCGUAGAGAAGGAUUCCUCCCAACUGUUUAAAUCCAACGGCUCCUGCUGCCUCUCUCCAGAGCUAGACCCAACCAGCCUAGAGGGCUGGGCUACGGAAACACUAGUAUUUUCAUUUAAGUGGAUAUGAAGAAAGAACAAAUAAGUACGGGGGCAACCACGAUCUUUAUAAAGAACAUAAGUUCCAGGAAAGCAGGAACCUUGUCUCUCUUGUUCACUGGUGUAUCCUCUGCAUAUAGAACAGUGCCUGGCAAAUAAUAGGUGCCGAGUUUUGCUUUAUAGACUGAUCAGAAGACACUACACUUGUUAUACCACAGCCAGGACUUCAUAAUCAGUAGCUCUCCAGAGGACAGCCAACUGAGGAGUAUCACAGGAGUGGAGUCUCCUGGUGAAUCAGCAGGCCUAAUAAACAUUACCAUCUAGUUUGCAUAAAAGUCAUAAUAGCUUGAUGACUUAUCACAUAAGCUCCUCCUACCUCAGAGAUAUUCAAAUCCAUUUUUGAAAAAGCGUUUUUUCAGCGUCCUCAGCUAUCUAACAUACUUAAAAUCUUUGGAGUUUGCUUAUUGAUGGAAGCUAUAAAGUCUAAGGCUAAUUGUGCCCAGAAUCCAAAUUGUAACAUAAUGAUAUUUUAUCCAACCAAAGAAGAGUUUAAUGAUUUCGAUAAAUAUAUUGCUUCCAUAGAAUCCCAAGGUGCUCACCGAGCUGGCCUGGCUAAGAUCAUUCCACCCAAGGAAUGGAAAGCCAGACAGACCUACGAUGAUGUCAAUGACAUGGUGAUAGCCACUCCCCUCCAGCAGGUGGCGUCUGGGCGAGCAGGUGUGUUCAUUCAAUACCACAAAAAGAAGAGGGCCAUGACAGUGGGCGAGUAUCGCCUGUUGGCAAACAGUGGACAGUAUCAGACUCCACCACACUUGGACUUUGAGGAUCUGGAGCGGAAAUACUGGAAAACGCGCCUGUACGACUCGCCCAUAUAUGGCGCUGACAUCAGUGGCUCCUUAUUUGAUGCCAACACUAAACAAUGGAACCUUGGCCACCUGGGAACCAUCCAGGACCUGCUGGAGCAGGAGUGUGGGGUUGUCAUCGAAGGCGUCAACACCCCCUACCUGUACUUUGGCAUGUGGAAGACCACCUUCGCUUGGCACACGGAGGACAUGGACCUUUACAGCAUCAACUACCUGCACUUCGGGGAGCCCAAAACGUGGUACGCGGUGCCCCCAGAGCACGGCCAGCGCCUGGAGCGCCUGGCCAGGGAGCUUUUCCCGGGCAGCUCUCGGGGCUGCGAGGCCUUCCUGCGGCACAAGGUGGCCCUCAUCUCGCCCACUGUCCUCAAGGAGAACGGGGUCCCGUUCAGUCGCAUCACUCAGGAGGCUGGAGAGUUCAUGGUGACCUUUCCCUAUGGCUACCACGCUGGCUUCAACCAUGGCUUCAACUGUGCGGAGGCCAUCAACUUUGCCACCCCGCGAUGGAUCGACUAUGGCAAAGUGGCCUCUCAGUGCAGCUGCGGGGAGGCCCGGGUGAGCUUUUCCAUGGAUGUGUUCGUGCGCAUCCUGCAGCCCGAGCGCUAUGAGCUGUGGAAACGCGGGCAGGACCAGACCGUUGUGGACCACGUGGAGUCCACGGCGCCGGGAAGCCAGGAGUUGAGUGUCUGGAGGGAGGGCCGGGCGGCCUGGAGAUCUGCGCUGGGCCUGAGGCACCUCCAGCCCCAUCGGGCCACACACACCCCUGGAUCAGUGGGCACGGGUCGUGGGUCCCGCGGCCACCGUGGAAGCCGGGCCCUUGUGUGCCAGCCAUGCCUGCGCCCCUCGCUAGGCCGGGGUUCUGCCUCUGCUGCCCAGCCCGCGGCUGCCACGGCCCUCUGCUCCUCAAAGCCCGACCCAUCCUCACAGCCAACAUCUGCCCAGGAUCUCCAGCCAACUGGCACACGUGGUCGCGGUCGCGGUCGCGGUCGUGGUCGUGGUCGCGGUCGCGGUCGUGGUCGCGGUGGUGGUCGCGGUGGUGGUCGUCGUCCUCCGGAACAGGGGACUCAAGAGUCGAUUGUUCAGGUCCCGGCUAAGAGGCGCCGCCUAGUGGGCGCAGUGCGCACAGCUCCAGAUCCCAAAGCCCAGCCUGUGCCUGAGGACAAACCCUCCAUGGACAGCCCAGCACUGCUGGUCCCAGCAUCCUAAGGUGGCUUUUGGGUGCUGCUGUGCUCCGUCCCCUAAGCCCAGGGGACACCUACGUUUGUUCUCCAUGUUCUUUUGUGUGGAGAUUCAUUGAGCCUGGCCACAUUUACAUCUCAGAGCUGUGAGCAAGUUUGUAAGUCACUGGUCUUGCAUGAGAGUUCCCCUGUUGCCUCUGGACAGGCUGAGUCCCUGGGAUUGAACAAGUUCGCCAUAGUUUAUUCUUCCUCCCAGACCCUGGAAUGUUCUUGGACACUGCUAACUCCUGUGUGGCCAAUGAGCUUCACCCACUGGACACCCCGUGUCUAUGUGCACCCUGAAGGUUCUGCUGAGUUUGCCAAAGCCGGAUCUACCCCAGACUCCCAUCCUCCGGAACAGCUGUGGAUGUUGCCCAUCUUCAGAAGAAUCCUGGGCUUUGGUUCCCCUCCAGUCUCCCUCCCUUUUCUUUUCUUCCUCCCCUUGCCCCCCAUCCCCUUUCCUCCUAAACCAAGCCCCUCUGACCAAUUAGGUCAGCAGAGACUCAAAAGUCAGUUAUGAUCUUUCUGAGUCAUUGAUAUGUUUAAAAUGCUAUCACCAAUG